AUGGCUGUGCCUAAACUCUCAGCACCGGAGGUGGAAAAUCUUGAAGGACGUUACAUAUUAAUUAGAAUUGGCGAAGGGCAAAGUUCGAAAGUCGUGUCGCAAGUGGCAACAUCAAGAGUCCCUGCCCGAAUCAUUUCGUUCGGGGGCACAGUAAUACGCCCCUACAAAACUUCGGUGUCUUUCCAAUGUGAAUCAGUUGGCAACCCUAAACGUGAGUGGCUCCGUGGUGAGAAAAUUCUGAAAGGGGGUGCCAACGCUAACCAGCAACUCCUGGACACUGGAGAAUUAAUCCUUGCCAAUUUACAACUGAUUGAUUCUGGCAACUACACGUGCCAAGUGGACAACAACCAAGGCUCUGAUAAAAUCACAUACCACUUUGUUGUUCAAGUUCCACCCAGUGCCCCACUUUUGUACGUUUCGAAUGCUACCAGCAGCAGUAUUCUUCUGAAAUGGAAAAUUGGAAAUGAUGGAGGGGCUCCAGUCAGUGGCUUUACGCUCAAUUAUAGGAAAGAACACGGAGAUUUGGACGAAGUCCAUUUAUCUAGACACGCAAUCAGCUACGAACUGCGAGGUCUUUCAUGCGGGACUACAUAUCAUCUGUAUUUAACUGCUCAUAACAUCGUCGGAAGUAGUCCAGCUAGUCAUUCCUUGCAAGCCAGAACUCAAGGACAUCCACCAGGAGUUCCCCCAGCUUCCAGCUUUAUUACUCCGAACUCGACUUCAGUUUUUAUUAGUUUAUUAAGAUUGCACGUUUGGCCUGAUAAUGAAUGCCCCAUUUUGUAUUUUAUUCCACAGUAUAGGAAGGCUUCCAGUUCACAGUGGAUUUUAGUUUCAAACGCUUUGAAACCGCAAAAACGGACUUCCAUCACUGGACUUACUCCUGCCACUAAAUACGUGGUGAAGCUGGAAGCCCACAAUAUUGCAGGAUUUGCAACUGAAGAGUUUGUUUUUAUGACAUUAACGAAGGACGGUGGUGCGCCACCACUUAAUUUACUGAAACAAGGGCACAAUGAAACGUCCAUUUAUUCAGAUAUUAGGUUUAUAAUUCCGUUGUUAGUUUUGAUAAUUGCUGUUAUUAUUUCGAUUCUUGGAGCUAUUCUCUGUUUGAAACAUCGACAAAGCGAAAUCGCUAAAGAACUCCUAGAUAAUCAACACAACGCUGAAGCUCAGAGAGAAAGAUAUUACGCGACAAUACAUAAAGCAGCUCUAGCGGCUGGUGAAAAAAUUCCAGAGACUUCUGAGGACAUAUCACCCUAUGCAACAUUUCAGUUGUCGGAGCCAAGUACCUUACCACAAAAUACAAUGUUGCAUAGUUUCAUGUAUCAUGAACAUCCCAUGACAGAGGGCUGUGCUUCGCCACCUCCAAGUUCGUCGGUUUUGCGAAGCUCGCCCUAUUAUAAUAUUCAAAAAUUUCAAGGUACCAAGGGCCACGGUAGAAGACGUUCUAACCGAAAAAAUGAGGUAGACAGCGACGAAAGUGAAUCGGACACUGAGCACAGAACCGAGUCUUCCACACAGUUAGAAGUUAAACGAAAACAAAGUAUCAUGCACCAUGGAACUCAAUCAAGUACUUCAUCCGACAUAUCCCCGAUGUCUGAAAAAAAGUCGCUUCCGCGCAGAAACCGUUCGAGGUUGUCGCCCCAGAGCCGGAGUUUGUCCCAAAGACAGAUUCUAUCACGACUGUCGUUAGCCGAGACGACAUUUUCGGAGAAAAAAUCACUGGAGCACAGUACAACCGACCGACCAGAACUGAGCGAAGCCGAAUGUGACAUCGACACAAUCAAAAAAUUAAAGUUAGGUUUGAAAUCGUCUUUUUGGUCAAAACCGAAUGAAUCCGAUCAAAUAACGGACUAUUCGAUUGCUGUUUAAGCUGUUGUAGUAAAUAGUUCAAAAUCAAAAUUUUAUACAAAAAUUAUAGAAUUAUUAAGUCUAAAAGAAUUUUACGUGACAUUUUGGAAGCAUUUUGUACACUAAUGAACAAUAAGAUAUGUAGAUUAAAAUGUUUCUUCUUUGAAUUUAUUGUAGAUGCAGUCAUUCUCCGGAAGAAUAAAUGUCUUAUUCCUUGA